UUUUUUUUUACAGUUGCCAUUCGUUUUGAAAAUAGAUGAUCGGAUGCUUGUUUUGAUGACAAGCGUUCAACUAAGCCUUUAUUCUGAAAACCGGAAGUGGUGUCAAACCCCGCUCGCCUUUGAUGAAUGACCACUUGUUGGGAGCGCACGUUGACUUGACGACGCGCCGUACACUCAAAUGGCCAACUUUGUUCUGCGAGCACUUCCUCCGCCCUCAGCUCACACGAAAGCUGAUAACCAGUUCGAUUGCAUGUUUUCUCGCUGAGCCGCACGCAGGCCCGAGCAAUCCGUCGCCGAAAGUCGUCAUGUCUGCCCAGGAGGCUCCGCAGCCGCCCCCCGGGGAGCAGCCUCUGUCGUGCCGGUCACUGGUGCUCACGGGCUACGGGGGCUACGACAAAGUCCAGCUGCAGGUGAAGCCGAUCGGCCGGCCCAGACUGAAGCCCGACGAGGUCCUGGUGCGGGUCAAGGCCUGCGGGCUCAACUUCGCUGAGCUGAUGGGCAGACAGGGUCUGUACGAGCCGCUGCCAGCCCCGCCGGUCACCCUGGGCAUGGAGGGGGCCGGGAUCAUCGAAGCGGUCGGAGAAGAGGUGCGGGACCGAAAGGUCGGGGAGCGCGUGAUCGCCAUGAGCCGCAGCGGCAUGUGGCAGCAGCUGGUGGUGGUGAGCGCCAGCCGCGCCUUCCCCAUGCCCGAGGGCAUGAGCUUCGAGGAGGGCGCCGCGCUGCCCAUCAACUACCUGACGGCGUACUUGAUGCUCUUCCACAUGGCCAACCUCACGCCGGGCAAGAGCGUGCUGGUUCACAUGGCGGCGGGUGGCGUGGGCAUCGCCGCCACCCAACUGUGUCGGACGGUGCCCGACGUGACCGUCUUUGGCACGGCGUCCGCCUCCAAGCACGACGUCAUCGCCCAGGUGGGCGUGACUCAUCCCAUCGACUACCGGACCAGAGACUACGUGGAGGAAAUCCACAAAAUUAGCCCAAAAGGAGUGGACAUUGUCCUGGAUCCACUCGGCGGCGCCGACACACAGAAGGGCUUCAACUUGCUGAAGCCUUUGGGCUCGCUCGUUGUAUUUGGUGCCGCCAACUGCGUGACGGGCCAAAAGAGGAGCCUGCUGGCCCUGGCGAAGACGUGGUACAAACAGCUGUCGAUCAACGCGCUGAAGCUGAUGGAGACCAACAAGGCGGUGUGCGGCUUCCACCUGAGCUACUUGGAUGACCGGCACAUUGACGCGGGCAUGGCCUCGCUGCUGCAGCUCUACGCCGAGGGCAAGAUCAAGCCUCGCAUCGACUCCUGCUUCCACUUUGAGGAGGUAACAGAUGCAAUGCGGCGCAUGCACGAGCGUCAAAAUAUCGGGAAGGUCAUCCUUCUCCCAGAGCCCAAAAAGCAGAAUGAUGAGACGACAGUAAAGAAAUGACAUCAUCGAAGGAUUGAGUAAUAUUGGAUUUUCCUACGAUGCUUUCUCCAACUACUCAUUUAUCAGAAUUUUCUUUUAACAGUAUUUGCCCUUUUUUUAAAACAAGUUAUCACACAAUGUCCAUAAUUGUGAUCAGCAUUUGUAUUUUGAUUCAUAAAACUUAUUAAAUGUCUUCACUGUA